GUCCGAGGGAGGGAAAGGUUCUCUUCUGGACUUUCGUAACGUUCAGACGUGGCUGAGCUGUUACCUAGAAACAAAAUGGAAAAUAGACCGCUUUUAAUUGGAUCUGCACUUUUUCGUUGUUCUUGUAUUUUGCUGAUGUGCUUAACAGCCUGUGCAUCAGAAACAUUGCCCGAAAACCAAAUGAAUGUCCUCUUCAUUGUGUCUGACGAUCUCAGACCUUCGUUGGGAAGCUAUUGAGAUGCUGUGGUCAAAACUCCCAAUCUGGACAAGCUUGCACAGCGUUCUGUGCGCUUCACGACAGCUGCUGCGCAGCAAGCCGUGUGUGCUCCAAGUCGGACAUCAUUCCUGACUGGAAGAAGACCGGAUACUACAAAACUUCUUUCCAACAAAAAAGCUACUUACUGGAGGGAUAAUGCUGGGAAUUUCACCUCUCUACCGCAACAUUUCAAAGAUGCUGGUUAUGUCACCCUUUCUGCGGGAAAGAUCUUUCAUCCAGGAAAAGCAUCAAACUUCACUGAUGAUUAUCCAUACAGUUGGUCUGUUCCCGCCUAUCAUCCCUCAACAGAAAAAUUCAAAAAUGCACCAGUAUGUCCAGGUAAAGAUGGUAAACUACACACAAGCAUUGUAUGUCCAGUGGAUUUAUCUCAACAGCCAGAGGGAACAUUACCAGACAUUCAAAGCACUGAGUAUGCCAUAAACUUUCUGAAAAACCAUUCAAGUCAUACAAACACCAAAAGUCAACCAUUCUUUCUGGCUGUUGGGUACCACAAGCCUCACAUCCCACUGAAAUUUCCCAAAACAUUCCUGGACCUGUACCCUAUAGAGAAGAUUCACGUGGCAGCAGAUCCCUUGCGACCCCUGGAUAUGCCGUCAGUGGCUUAUGAACCAUGGACUGAUAUUCGCUGGAGAGACGACAUUGCAGCUCUUAAUCUGAGCUUUCCGUACGCACGCAUGCCUGAUUAUUAUGCUAAAAAGAUCAGACAGAGUUACUAUGCAGCGAUAAGUUACAUGGACAGUUUGAUUGGGGAGUUACUAGAAGCUUUGGACAACUAUGGUUUUGGCAAGAACACAAUUGUGACCUUUGUUGGAGAUCAUGGUUGGGCAUUAGGAGAGCACUUGGAGUGGGCAAAAUACAGUAAUUUCAGAGUGGCUACCAAUGUACCCAUGAUGAUUCAUGUACCUGGUAUCACUGACUACAUGGGAUCUGGAGGCAUUGCAUCUAAUGCUCUUGUGGAAUUGGUAGAUUUAUUUCCAACUCUUGCAGAACUAAGUGGAAUCAAAGUCCCUGGCCUUUGCCCAGAUGACUCUUCAAAGUUUAUUCUGUGUUCAGAGGGGCUAAGCUUUGCUCCUCUCUUGAAGAACAUAACCAUGCCAUGGAAAAAGGCCAUCUUUAGUCAAUAUCCAAGACCGUCAGACAAACCACAAGAAAACAGCUGUGAACCUACACUGUCAGAGAUCACAGUCAUGGGAUACUCCAUGCAGACAAGCCAGUAUCGUUACACAGAGUGGAUAGAGUAUGAUCAUGACACAAGGAAGGGAAAUUGGUCAAACGUACAUGCAAGGGAAUUGUAUGUACACAAAAUGGAGGACAAGAAUGUAGCAUCCCUGUCAGAAUUUCAAGAACUUGUCAAACAGCUGUCAAAACAACUACAAAAGGGAUGGCGAAAUGCAUUGCCAAUGAGCCAGCACUAAUAUUUUAUUAGUGAAAAA